AUGGUUGACAAUAAGCGUACUUUUACGGCGCCGCCAAUCUUGCUCGAAUCAAAUCUGACCUUUUCGAAUGAUGGACCACCACUUCCUACUGUCACUGUCACACGAGAACGAUGUAUAAAUCCAAGCCUGAUAGAUUCAUUUUUAAGGUUUCUAAGACAUGGAAGUGAUGAUAUAAUAAGACAAAAAUUAAACAAUUAUAGAAAAAGCUCUUCUAAUGGAGAAAAUAGGUGUGAAGAAUUUCUAAGGAAAGAAUUAUAUCCGAAUUGGCAAAUACGGAGUAGUAUAAUUUCAUUUUGCGAAAAAGAAGCAGCAGAAAUGAAGGCUGAAACUGAUCAAAAGUUCUGUAAUACUGGGGAGAGCGCUGCGAAACCAAUUAUAGAAGCAAGAAUUGAUCCAUAUGCUGCGAAGGAACGUGCAGAGGAACAAGAAGCUCGACAUAGGGAUUGGACAAAUUUAACAGAUUGGGUGGCAAAUAAUAGAAGAAUAGAGCAAAUUUUAACUUCAACAACGGAAGGGAUUUUAAAGCAAAACUGCGAGCAAAAUGAAGACUACUUGAAACAGUUUGCACAGUUCUGCAAGAACAACAGUUGA